AUGUUUGAUCCCGACCUUAUUCUGCGUGCGGCUCCUGUGGCCGAUUUUCAAGCGGCCUAUUUCAUGAUGGAUAUAUCUUUACCCGGGAAUAGGCUACCUAAUGACCUAGCGGUAUUAAAUCCCUUUCUCGAGGGACUAUCUAGCCAUUAUUUUUAUAUUUACAUCCUAGAGGAAAACGGAGAAAAUGGACGAUCGAUUAAGCUAAGUAUAUGCUACACGCACUAUAUCUGGAACCCGUCUACCAGGCUGCACGCUAAAUUCACGGUAGUAGAUUCAUUUGUUAUAUACUAUUCUUCCACUACAGAACAAAGAAGCCGAAAGAGAAUACGGAUGGACUUUACACCUUAG